AUGAGAAAGCACCAACUAUCCAAGGCUAUAACCUAUAACAUAGUCCACAGCAAGCGUAGAGGUGCCAGCGGCAAAAACUCGAACGGAGGCGUGGCUAUUCUCUAUCGAGAGAACUAUGAGGUAGACUGGCACCACGAAGGGAUUGACUUUAUUGCACAGGCUGUAUGGAUCGGCAAGCGUAGAUGGGUAUUCAUAUCUUUCUACGUGAAGCAUGGAACUGAUAGAGAGAACAAAACUUUUCUCAAGACCCUUGCCUCAAAAAUCAAACAGACAUGCACUCCGACGGACUGUCUCGUCCUAGGCGGAGACGCAAACGCCCACAUACUGAGUCUAGCUGCGAAAUCAAACAGGAGGGGCCAACUUCUAGAAGAGUUCGCUGUAGAAAAUGGACUCACUAUACUUAACAUGACAGACCGAUGCGAAGGCCGAUACACAAGGGAAAAGUCAGCGAUCGACUACUUCCUGAUGAAUAGCAUAGCAUUGAGUCAUGUCGAGAAAACGACCGUCGAUGAGGAUAGGCUGAUAGCCAUGAGCGAUCACAACCUCAUAAGUCUGAGGUGCCGUGCAGCACGGAGAACUCCCCAACUAACGAAGCGACGCGUCACCAAAGUUCAACCACAGCUGGCUGCACAAAAUGCCGAGAAGCAACUAGCGGACCGGCUCGAUACCAUGCCCAGGACAUGUGGUUAG